AUGUCAGACGCUCCAUUCCUCUCUGCAGCAGGUGUAUCAGUGGACACUUGCCUCCGUCCAUCAACCCCGCACAGCUCGGGGCUCCCCUCUAUGCUUCAGGGUAAAGGGCCUGCUCAUGCGAGCAUGAUACAGCACAUCGGUGCUCGCUUGGGAGAAACACAGGAUCUUCAUGAUACAAGGCCAUACCAAAGUAAUCAAGUGGAGAGGAUUAGGGCAAUUCCCAUGAGAGGAGUUAUUACUGGGCCGGCGCGUUGGCGUGGCAGCGGUGUCUCCUAUGGGACGCCGAAUCUUUACUGUGCAGUAUACAAAUACAGCAUGGUUCCUGAAGCUGAGUCUCUUAGUAGGCCCUUUCCAGAAUCGGGACCGAGCUCACCAGAAUGCAACUCUCAUCCACUCCCCCCGCCAACGCUUGUUUCUAGCUCCUGGGGCCAAGGGCCACUGGUUAUUGAAGGAGUAACUAUUCCUAAGAGGCCCAUGCCUGAAGAUAUUGAUGCUUUUAGGCAGGAAGACUUUCAGAAAAGGGACAAUCUUCAAGCUAUAUUUGUUUUAUCAGUGGGUUUGUUCCGAGACUUCUCGGCAUCAAGCCCUUCAGCGGCUCAUAUAUCUUGUAGUAGCAUUCAAGUCAGAAACGCCUCAGCUUCACUCCCUCGUCCAAGUGACCUGCUUGGAGUAUUGCAUAUCCCUCUGCACUGCGUACACUUAACGGAACUGCAGCAUGAGGUCAAGUUACGGCUGCCCGUUGCCGCAUGCGCACCUUGCGGAAGAAAUGUCGAGGAGCUUGCUGCCUUCAUUGGAGAUGAAGGGGAACGUGAGCUUGCAGCUAUUCUGAGUCCUCAAAGCUCACUGGAUGUGAUUGAGCAUGCAUUUAUGAAUGGAUUGACAGGCAAGGCGACAGGAGCCAACAGAUGCAAUGUCAUGCUUUUUCGUCUGAGCAGCAGCGGCGGGUCAUUUUUAGAAGCGUCCGAUGCUAUCUUUCAGGCAGCUCUCGCAGCCCCGGUAGUCCCAUCAGUGGCGUCGUCCACAAUCCAGCGGUCUUUCGAUUCUCAUUGCUACAACCAAACGGGCAACAAGCAGGAAUCCCAGCAUUUUGAAGGCGUCCAGGAUAAACCAACUAUGCGAGGUGAAAUAUCUACAGCUGCAGGGGCUGCACCCAUACCGGCUGUGAAGCCAGCUAGCGUUAAUGGGGCUAGAUCCCACUGCCCGAGCAUACAAGCUGGCCAAAAAAGCCAAGUAAACACUUCGGGUUCUCUUCCGGAAGUGGCUCGAGAGAAAAUAAGAGCACAGUCUCUGUCUGCAGGUCGCGGUUAUGAUAGGACUUCAGAUUCAUUGGACAGUGCUGCAUCACCCCCGUUGCCAGCAAAAGAUCAGUGUCAACGCCACCAACGGCGCCAGCAAGAAAUUUCUGUUGCUGCCAUGUUAGCUGCAUCAGCUAUUGCAGCCGCUGCAAGGGGAGAAAGGGAUCGAACAACGCGCAGUUCAGCUUCCAGGCAACUGCCGCAGUCCAGUCGUCUUGUUGGAGGAGCGGGCUUAAAGAACAACCAGCGUCCAUCAAGCGUAUGCGGUGUGCUACCAUCGAACAAAACAUCUCUUGAGGCGAGAGAUAGCAGCCUACAUGUACAGCCACAGCGUCUUGGGGGUAGCCGAAUGGCAGAUCUGACUUCCUGGGAUUCUUCAGAGGGUAUUGCAGUUGGGCGCACAGAAAUAGUAGGUGAGCCCGAGUUGUCUCCAGAUGAUAGUGUAUCCGUUCGUGGAGAUGACACGCAACGCCUUGCAGCGAACAUCGCUAAUCGAACUGUCAGAACAGCUCACUCUCUAGCAUGCGUGGAGCGGUCCGCUGCUCGGCGUGACUCUAUUAACUUUCGUCUCUCCCAAGAUGACCGCAAGAGCACCUUGUCAACUAGUAUUCGGAGACUUGAUCACCUGAUGGCUCGUGCUCAGCUCCUUCUUAGCCAGCGACGCAAUCGACAGCGGCCCCAAGAGGAGAAUCAGCAGGGCGAUUCAAGUAAGCUCAAUCGAUGUACAUGGCGUAAUCAGUCCGGAAGCCCUCAAGCCCUCCUAUCCCAUACUUGUGAUGUCGGAGGGCAGCAAUCCGGAAAGAACUCGCAUGAAACAUCGGAAUGCAAUGAAAAGAGGGAACAUCAUGUAUCGGCACAAACACAGGAACUACAACACCCUCCUUCACAAGUCCAUCGCGAACGUUCAGCAGAGUUUGCUCAGUCAGCACGUUCCCCGCUAGAUGGCUUUAGGAUAUCAAAUCAAUCCCCAGAUGACAAACGUGAAGCUUUGUCCAUGAUCAGAGCUGUCAAGUGGAUGAAUGCUGCAUCAACGCGGCGCACAGCCCUUCUUACGCAAAGAGAAGAACACCAAACCCCUGGACAAUUAGUGUUGCUUAUUCAACACUUUGCUGUGCCUCCCUUAAAAUUAGUUCCGAAGGCGAGCGAACACCCGCUGAAGGGAUGUGAGAGAAAGCAGAAUACGACGAUGGGGGGCCAUGAAGAAUUGCACGAGCUUCGGCAACUAAUAAGUGGGCUACAACAGCAAGUGCAGGCGAGAGACGAUCGGUGCCAGUACCUUGAAAAGCGUUCAAAUGAAGAGCAGCAAAAUCAUAUGCUGGAGCUCAGCGCCCUCCGGCAGCGGGUCUCAGAGUUACAAGAGCAGAUACACCAUCAACGCCUCAGAGUUGGGAACUCGCCGGUAGUGCCAGCGGACGAUAAUGAAAAGGAACGACUACUUUUGCAGCUCCAAAAAAGCUCUCAAGAGCUCCGUCAGUUGCAGGUUCUAGUAGCGGAGCACGCUGCAGCGAAGGCGCGCACUGACGAGGAACAACGGCGAUUCCAAAAAGAGUUUAUUGCGAACAAGGAGAGAACUAAGGAUUUGGAGCAACAGCUACUCCUCGUUGAUCAGCAACUUGCAGGCACUCUUAAGCAUGUCAACUCUGCAGCCAUCAAACGUCCACAGGAUAAAACGGACACUGGAUUGGCGCAGUUGGUGCCAGCCGCACAAUUGGGCCUGUGGGUGUUACAGCAGCUUCAGGGCAUGCGAGAUACUUUGAAGGUGGUGCAUGAGAAAGAGCCGCUGGGACGAACGGCAGAACCGCGCCGCCAGCCACCAUUGGAAGCUGCAAAUUUCGCUCCCCUCCAAAACCUAUCACAUGAAUCAUCAGCAAACACUGAAGAAAUCACCAGUCGCUCAGGGGACUGGAAAGAGCCAUGCCUUAAGUAUACACGCGGCCCUCAACGCCCCACAACCCCGCAGCACCACCAGCCGGCUGUCGUGCCCCACGAAAGAUCAGUGGACAGGUCCAGGUUUCAGAGCCACUUUCAGACUUGCCCUGUGAGGGACGGUUCUGUGCAACAACCUGUUGGGACCCUGACACCUGGGAGGCGUCAAGCCUCCCCUAAGUGUUACUCGUCCAUUCUGCAUCAUACUAGGGAAGGGCAGCAAGCAAGUGGGCAGCCAGCGGGAAGUGGUUCUAGCAGCCUGGAGGCCAAAACUGACAUUGAGCGCCAGCAGCCACUUCACACACAUCAGGGCACUGCGCUGCGCUCAAGGAGUCAACACCUCACGGAACAACUUAACCGACAGCGCACCCACAGGCAGCAACUUUUGCUGCAGUGUAGCCAACAACAACACACUACACCGUUGUGCCCACCGCCACACGCACCACCAAGUUCGCAGCUCCAAACUUCUUUCACCUCCCUCAUCGGACACCCGCAAGUGAACGUUCAAAACUAUGCUGGCUGCCCUGUGCCAACACAAUGCAGCCAGAACAGACUAUAUCUAGUUGGAGAAGUCGUCAGAAAAGAGAGUUGGAAGAGUUCAUCAGCUACAAAAAAAGUGCCCAGAUGGGAACCUGCCAAUAGGGCCCACGAGGCGUCCCUCACGGAAACUCAAUGGUCCAACAGCCCUUUUAAGCCAACAAAUAAACCGAGAUAA